AUGUUCUACAUAAGAGAGUGUGAAGACAUGAAUACGAGAGAAAGGGGCCUCAUUCUCAGAAGCAACACGGGUCACCAGCAGCUCUACUGGGGUCACCUGCGGAAGUUCGGCCAGGGAUCCCGCUCCUGCCGCGGCUGCUCAAACCACCAUGGUCUGAUCCGGAAAUACUGGCUAAACAUGUGCCGCCAGUGUUUCCGGCAGUACGCGAAAGACAUCGGCUUCAUUAAGUUGGACUAAGCAACCUUGAAUGGAUUCUUCUAGACUCUACCCAGUGGAAAAGAUGAACGUCAGUCUUUGUACAUAAGAAUAAAAC